GCACACAACCUUGGACGUCUUUAUGACACCGCAUUGAGGUGCCUCUUCUUCCCAAUGCAAUAUCAUUUCGUGCCCUCACCUUAAAAUGGAAUCGCAGUGCUCCUUGUUAUUUACGAGAACCUAACUCAGGAAGUAGGCAACAAAACCAUUUCACGACCAACCCUGAACCCAACAACUCUGGUCAUUACCGCUCUCGAAUCUCAACAAUGCAUGCCUAUAUCACGAUACUACGGCGUAUCUUUUUCGGAGCGUUCACUAUCUGGCCCUUGAACAUUUAUAUGAUUGGCGGCUAUCUUGGUCCGGCGCUGUUCUUGAUUCUCUACCCAAUCAGCUUUUUCGAUGCGGAUCCAUUGCAAUGGUUAUAUAGUUGGUUUACGUCUCCUGAAGCUACCCGGCGGUGGGUUUUUAGUUGGCUACUUGGUCUAAUCUCGGAGUUGAUCUACUACGUCGGAUGGCUCUGCUCGAGGGUGCUCAGAGGCCAACAAACAAACUCCGCGGAGUAUAUACCAUUGGCACUCAAAGUUCUUCUGCUGAUUAUGUCUCUACCUCUUUCAGCCGGAAAUUACUCUGCUGAUAGAUACAUGGCUCUGCAGAGCGACCAAGGGAAGGCGAGCUUACGGCAGGAUGGGGGGAAUUAUCAAGAGAAGCGACCAGAGAAAGAACCUGCAUCAAGCCAUAGUUGCUCCUCUAGGUACUCGUUGCAGCAGAAGUAGGUAUUUACUCCAUGAGUACAUCUCAAGCCGUCUCCCGUGCACUGCCUGCAUGUGUAUGUACCUAGCGGUUCAAGCAGUUCCUAUACAAGCAAAUGAACGGGAAGGAAGUUACGUCGGGUUGUCAUGCAAUCGCUCAAUUUUCUGGUGGCCCCUUCCGCCAACAGCUACCAUCACACGCAGUAGCUUCAUGUUAGAAUAUUAUAGGGAAAGAGCGGCUUGCAGUGAUGUGAGCAGAUGAAAAAAGUGCCCUUCCGCCCGUUUCACCUCUCUUUUCCCUUUUUUUCCUCUUUUUCCC